GAGCAACAGGCGGACGUCGUUGAGUCAGGGCUGUGACGUUUCCAGACGCUCGCGUUUUCUAGACGCGCUAUUUUUUUCCUCUCAGCUGAGAGUGACGUAACGCGUGGAGCUUAGACCAGCACACACACACACACACACACAUACACACACAUAGGGGCAGGCAAACACACGCCUGACUGACAUCCGCUUGUUUUUACCGGCGUGGGACUGUAAGUGUAGCGGUACACUGCAGACAUAUUGUGCCGCUUUUGAGAGUGUUUGCGUCGGGGGCGGUGGGAGAGGACAACAAGGAGGAGGCUCAGUCUGCGCGGCUGUCACGAAGACAGCAGCGGGGGGUGGGAGCGCAUUCCAGAGGCGAUCAUAACUAAUUCAUUGUCGCUCCAGAACCGGCGGACAGGACAGGCUGCUAAAACUGCUCAGUAAUCAGGCUGAAAGGCUGACACGGUAUAAUCUCAGUAGGAAACUCUGCUGUAUCUCCCUUGGUGAGGAGUGACUGGAAGAAACAUGGUGGAUUACUAUAACAUCCUGGGUGUGUCCAAAACAGCCUCUCAGGAAGACAUCAAGAAAGCGUACAGGAAACUCGCACUGAAAUGGCAUCCAGACAAAAAUCCAGACAACAAAGACGAAGCAGAGAAGAAGUUCAAAGAAUUGGCUGAGGCCUAUGAAGUCCUCUCUGACAAAAGUAAGCGUGAUGCAUAUGACAGAUAUGGAAAUGACAGAAUGCCACACACAGGUUCCACCACCUCAGACUUUUCGUCAGAUUUCCCAGAAUUCACGUUCACAUUCCGCAACCCAGAUGAGGUGUUCAGAGAGUUUUUUGGCGGCCAGGAUCCCUUCGCAAGCUUCUUCGAUGACUUCUCGUCCUUUGGAAGCUCCUCCUCUCGUCUUGGACCCGGUCGGUUCUUUUCUUUUCCUUCAGCGGGAGUGGACUUUACCUCCUUCUCGUCUUCCUUGGGUGGUCUGGAUGGGAUGGACAGCAUGGGCGGGGGGAUGGGCAACUUCAAAUCAGUUUCUACAUCCACUCGCAUCGUAAAUGGCAAACGCACCACCACCAAGAAGGUAAAGGAGAACGGGCAGGAAAGAAUAGAGAUCGAGGAGGACGGGGUGUUAAAGAGCAUCAUAAUCAAUGGUGUGGAAGACGAAAUGGCUCUGGCACUGGAGCUGAGCCGACGAGACGGACAAACCCGUCCCUCACCUCAGAAGCCACAAAUCCAAAACAGAUCACCUGCCGAUUCUGACAGACCACGUCCAAGCCCUUUCCCCGCGGCCUCUCAUCGGUCAUUUAGCGCAGCCCCCUUCUACAACUACGGGACUGCGACAAGCAGCGAGGAUGAUGAAGAAGACGAAGACCUGCAGAUGGCUUUGGCAUGCAGCCUGUCAGAAAUGGAAGCCCAGCAGAGAGCAGCUGCUACCGACUUCAUAUCAGGUGCUGGGGUUGGGGGUAGAGCCAUAAGUGGCAAAAGUGGUGGCCAUAAAGGAGGCAGGUUUGUUACGACUAUAAAAGUGAAUGUGGCCGGUACUGAAAAGAUUAGUGCAGGGGAGAAACAUGAAGAGGGGCAGUUUAAAAUGACCUCAGGGCCUGGGGGUAAGUGGGAAAAGGGGGGAAAGGGAACCAAAGAGCCAGGCUUCUCUCCCUCAACUGAGUCACCCUCAACUUCCAGCCCUACUUCACAAAGCAGUGAGGAAGAGCUUGAACCUGCCAUUAAAAAUAGUGAUAGCAGUGUGAAAAGGAAAAAGAAGUGUGGGUGUAUUGUGUGCUAGUGCAGUGUGUAUAUUGCCUUAUUCUUUUAUACUGACCUCAGUGUCGUGCCUACAGCCAGACUCUAAUGUAAUGUGACUGCCAGACUCCUAAUUUGAGACAGUGCCUCAACUGAUCACGAGGCUUUCAUGCAGUCUUAAAGCACCUAAACAAGACAAUGAACAUGUAUUCCUAUGUAACUGACCAAUACAGCUAAAAGUCUGUGCGAAGCAAUACAGAGGAUUGUUUCUGAAUGUAUGUAAAUUUGCCAAACGCUAACAAAGACAGAAAAGAGUUGGAUUAAGAGGGAUUUAGAAGUUGGUAGUGAGUUAAAUCCCAGUGAGGGCAGGAUGUUGUGUUUGUGGGCGUGUGUGUGUGUAUGUGCUUGGGUGUGCGUUUGGGUCAGUUGCGACCCUGCCACAGAAUUUUCUCAUACCGACUCAGUCAGAGGGAAUGUAUCGGAUCUGUGUCACAAACAAUAGAUCAAAAUCGAAAGUAGGCCACAGAACUUUCUCUUGUGAUUCUAAUCAUGGCAUAAAAACCAGCGCGAUCAAAAAAAAAAAAAAAGACCACUGUUUACUGGUCAGCUGAUAGUAAUUUCUAGAGUAUGUAUAGCACUGAAGUAGUUGAAGCGCACACACUUUGCAAAUAUAAAUGCCUUGUAAAUACAUGCAGUCCAAAGUGGUAGCCAAGCGUUUACACUGUUACUAAGUUGCAAUAUUAAGGAGCUCACGUUUGGCCUAAAUGCACUUUUGCUCAAAUAUUAUUGCCAUAUUUGGUAAUAUUUGGUCAGAUUGUAGACUGCUAGGGGUGGCAGCAAUCACAGUAUAAAAUGUGUACAGCAUUGUGACAAGUGUAACAGAAAACAGUUACAAAUAAUCAUAAAAAAAACUUUUAUAUUUUGAUCCUUUUGGUGCCUUUGCAUGUUUUACUAUGUCUUUCCUUUUCUUACCGUACUGCUGCAAAUGUGCCAAGUCAGACAAACUAAUGUAUUUCAAGCAAAGCAAAUUUUCAGAAGCUAUAUGUAUAUAAUGAUUAGAAAUGUUGUCAGGUGUUCUGUGGUGCGACAGUGAUCGAAUGAACUGAAAUUGUGAUGGCUGCGUGAAUGUUUGAAAAUAAGGAGCUUCAUGGCUAAAUCAAUGUGAGCUUCGAUUCGCCUUUGGACUGGUCUGAACCGUCAGGGUAGAUGAAAUACCGAGCUGUGUUUUCCCUUUAUCAGCAUCUGGUGAUUAAGUGCCCCUGAGCAAAACACUAAACCCCAUCUGUUUCACUUUAGCCACUUAGUGGCAGGUCAAUAACCCUCCUGCCACCUGCACUGAUUUUCUUGCCUAAAAUAAAAUGGCAUUAAUUAAUAAGCUUUAAAAAUCUGCCAAAAAUGAAGGAGCUUCCCAGUGUUGAGAAAUUGAAAUGGUUAAAUGUGUUUUGAUUGAUUUUGAAUUGUGUUUUUUACAGUUUACACUCAUUUAUUUAGCUAUGUAUUUUUGUUGUCUUAUUAAAACCACAACAUUUGACAUGUUUUUUAGUUGUUGCCAAAACACAAAGGUAUUACAAUUAAUUACCAGUAUUAUUAAGUAUUUAAAUUUUUAAUGACUUUUCAAAGACAUGCCAUCAAGUACCUUAUUACAGCCAGGGUGUCCUUUCCCUGCUCUGCUUUUACACUACAGAGCAAUAUACGUUUGAUUUUUGGUUGUUAUUGUUUUUCAUGAGUGCUUGAAUUAUUUUACAUUGCAUGAGUUUUGCUUUCACUUUAAAGUAUAACUAUCAUCACUGGCAAAAAAAAAUGAAAUGGGAACAUAUCUUUAAACUUCUUUCCAAUAAUUACGACCCUGUUGACUCUGAGCUGUUUAUCAAUUCUCCUCUUCAAACUGUUCUUGCGUGUGCAGAGGGGAUGAGAGAGAAAGAGGAAGAUGUUUCUCUUAAUCGAUAUCAGCCUGUAAAAACUUUGUACUAAAUUGUGUUUUUUUUUGUUAUUUUUGUUUUAAAAUUGUUAAAAGGGAAUAACAAAUAAAGACUGAGCUGAAGAGUUUGAA